AUGAAUGAACUGUCAUGGAUUGGUUCGCUCUGGUUGGCGUUGGCCAAUAUCGUCGGUCCCUUCUUCUCCUUCUUCGCUGCGCGAAUCGGAUACAAAUGGAUGUUGGUCGCUGCCGUUUUUUGCUGCUCCCUGUCACUGAUCCUCGCUAGUUUCGCCAAUGAGAUUUGGCAACUUUAUUUGACUCAAGGUGUUCUUUCUGGCAUUGGAGCCAGUCUGGUAUGGUUCCCUUGUAUCAGUGCACCUCAACAAUGGUUCUCCAAGCGUCGAGGUUUGGCUGUAGGAAUUGCUAUCUCUGGAUCAGGCUUUGGUGGUCUCGUGUUUUCCAAUGUCGCUAAUGCUGCUAUUGAGAAUCUCGGCUAUCAAUGGGCCCUUCGUAUUGUCGGCUUGAUCUCCUUUGUUUUAGUGGCUGUCGCUGCUUUUCUUGUCCGACCUCUCAAUAAGCCUUCCGUUCAAUCCACCAACGUUUUCAAUUUGAGACCUUUCAAGAACAUUCAAUUCGUCCUUCUUUUCACUGUUCAAUUGCUCGGCAAUUUUGCCUUCAACGUUCCUUCCGGUUUUCUGCCUUCUUUUGCUACCGACGUUUUGCAUGCAGGAUCCUGGGUUAGCAGCAAUAUGCCUGCUAUCUUAUCGGGUGUCAUGAUUGUUGGCAAAAUUGGCAGUGGUUUUGUUGGUGAUUACAUUGGUCGUGUGAACAUGCAAUUUAUUUGCACUACCAUGACCGGAUUGAUGUGUUUGACACUGUGGCUGACCGCCAGCAACGUUGCCGCUGUUUGGGCCUUUGCUGCAUUGUUCGGUCUCUUUGGAGGAGGUUAUCUGUCCAUUUCCCCGGCUGUGCUGGCACAGGUCGUGGGUUUGGAAGAUAUCGAAUCUGCCAAUGGUCUUUUGUUCUUUGCUUGGUUCUUUGGUGGUCUGUUCGGAUCACCCAUCUGUUCCGCUCUCAUCAACAAUGGCGCCGAAAAGACUUACAACUAUGCCAUCAUUUUUGGCGGUGUUAUCAUGGUCUUUGGUGGUCUUCUUGUGUGGGUUGUCCGUGUCAUGCGAGUGGGCUGGAAUCCCCUCCGCAAGGCCUAA